GCAGAUGAAGCAAAUUCGCGUUGAAUUUCCAGUGAAAAUUGAUGCCUGAGAUAUGGUUGUGCUGGAUUCUCAUCCGGUUUCAAACGGAAGCUUACUGGUGCGCCGUGUAGGCGAUUGUUUGUUGUCUCGGAGUAUCUGGAAGUUGCCGACUACCAUUUUGCCCGGCGACACGACCGGCUUUUACCGGCGUCUGGGCUCUGGACACCAUCAAAGCUCGUUGCCGGCCAGGGACAGUUGUCCGCUCACCGCCAAGGGCGGCGGACGACCCCGUGGGUUAUCCUUGUCGCACACGGUGUCCGACGGCGGCUUGAGAUACCAGUCGACUGCUGCGAAUCACAAGCCGUGCGAUAAAAUGACCGAGCCGACCGCCGGGGCGUCCGUGGGCUGGCCCACGUCGCCCAAGGAUUAUGGCCUGAAGGAGGUCAUCGUACCUAUUUUCAAGUUCUCUCGAAGGAUUUCUGGAGCGAGGGAAAGGAAGGACAAUAUUGACGAAUCGAUCAUCUUUCUUCGAACAGGUGUUGGAGCCACGGCCGCCGUUCACGCAGCCAUGUGCAUUCCGAGAAGCGAGAUGUGUGCAAUCAAGCGCAUCAACCUGGAGAAGUGGAACACGAGCAUGGAUGAGCUGCUGAAGGAGAUCCAAGCCAUGUCAUCCUGUCACCACGAGAACGUGGUAACCUAUUUCACCAGCUUCGUCGUCAACGAGGAGCUCUGGCUGGUGUUGCGACUCAUGGGCGGGGGCUCGCUCCUGGACAUCAUCAAGCACCGCGUUAAAUCCAUCGACUGUCGACACGGCGUGUUUGACGAAGCCACGAUCGCGACGGUGUUGCGAGAAGUACUCAAGGGCCUGGAGUACUUUCACAACAACGGGCAAAUCCACAGGGACAUCAAGGCCGGCAACGUGCUGAUUGGCAACGACGGGGCCGUGCAAAUUGCGGAUUUCGGAGUGAGUGCCUGGCUGGCGACCGGCGGGGAUUUGUCGCGGACCAAGAGCAGGCACACGUUUGUGGGCACGCCGUGUUGGAUGGCGCCCGAGGUCAUGGAACAGGUCACCGGCUACGACUUUAAGGCGGACAUUUGGUCCCUGGGCAUCACUGCCAUAGAACUGGCCACAGGCACGGCCCCGUACCACAAGUACCCACCCAUGAAGGUCUUGAUGUUGACGCUGCAGAACGAACCGCCAAUCUUGGAGUCUGGCGCUGACGAUAAGGACCAGUACAAGCAGUACGGUUCAUCCUUCCGCAAGUUCAUCGCGGCUUGUUUGCAGAAGGAACCCGGGAAACGGCCCACGGCCACGGAGCUGCUCAAGCACCCGUUUAUUUUGCGGAAAGCCAAAGACAAGCGUUACCUGCAGCAAACGCUGCUUGGCUCGGCGCCGAGCCUCGAGGAGCGAGUCACAAAAGUCAAGACCGAGAAGCGGUUCCCGGGCGCCUCGGGGCGACUCCACUGGAAAGACGACAACACCUGGGAAUGGUCUUCGGGCGACGAGGGCGACGGCGAGGACGGUGACCAGUUGCAUCGACACGACGACGGACCCGAGAGUCAUUCCGGAGAGCAGCGAUCGAAUUCGGCGUCUCAACAGCAGCUGCAGGCGCCUCUCGGCGGCGUGAACGAGCACGAAGGCACCAACGGGGAUUGCGGAGACGGCGGCCUUUCGUCGAAAGGCGGCGACGGGAAUAGCAAGAUGUUUCCGGCGUCCACGACGUCGUCUUCGUCGGCGUCGUCGCAUUCGUCGGCGGAUAUUCCGUUGCCGCAGGGAUUGGGUUCGGGGAAUUCGAUGCCCGUGUUUGUUGACCAGUUGGCGACGACGGAGAUCCCCGCGGGUGUUGAUCCCGCAGUUCAGAUUCCUUCUUUGGUUCAGGUUAAGGAAUCGUCGCCACAGAGAAACGGAACUCAAAUGCCGACGACGAACGUUUAUGGCGAACCCCAUGGACAGGUUCCUCUACCCAUGUUCGUCCCGCACCCGCACGCGGGGGUUCCUCCCUACAUCGCACCACCAACACCUGUCCCGAUCGUGUUGAAUGACGGCCUUCCCAUUAGCCUCGUCUUGCGAAUGCGCAUCCUUUUUUAUCGCUUGAAAUUCGACAGAAAUUCGCAAGGAGAGCUGAACGAUAUCCGAUUCGAGUUCCAGCUGGGCAAAGACACGGCUCAGGGUAUUGCGAAUGAGCUUGUUGGUGCUGGUCUGGUCGACGGUCGAGACAUGGUUGCCGUUGCUGCAAAUCUGGAUAAAAUAUUGUGCGAGCACUCUGCGGCUAGAUGCGGUCUUGUCCAGAUGUCGCCCCAGUCGCCGAUGCAUCCCGGUGCCUCACUCAAGAACACGCAGCAGCCGAGGACGCUUACGUUUGCCCUGGCCGGCUUAACGCCGAAUAACAUGGUGGACGAGAAGGCGCUCGUGGGCUUCGCACAGUUGACCAUCACGGACUGA